AUGUCCGUUGGGCGCAUGCCCGUGUUUCUUGUGUCCAUAUACCUGCCCCCGAGGUGCAAUGUAGCUGAAUCCCCUACAGUUCAAACGUUGGUGCGCUUUUUGGAUAGCAUUGAUAACUCCCGGUGCAUCGUCAUGGGGGACUUUAACGCCGCCCACCCACUUUGGGACUACGCGAGGGCGGCUAACUCAACCGGUCAUUACAUCUACAACUUUACCCAGACCAGGGAUCUGCUAUGUUGCAACUCGGGCCAAAUUACGUUUAGGACGGUCACGCACGGCCGACCGCGGAGCAGUUCUAUUGACCUGACUUUCAUUGCAUCUGACUUAGCACAUCAAGUACGCGAUUGGCACACGGAAGAAGACGCGAUCACGGCGUCACAACAUAUUGCCAUUGCUUUUGCAUUAGUUACGUCGUCCUCUUAUGUCCCCAACCCGCCGCCACAAUCUACUUUUCGCUAUAAAGUUUCACCCGCCACCGACUGGAGAGUGUUCAAGGACUCUCUCGCUGCGGCUAUGAUGGGGAUGGAUGUGGAGGCCGAGCAGUUGCCAGACUUAACACCAUCUGAAGUGGAUGCAGCUGUUCUGGGGGUUACGGCGGCCGUCUGCCGGGCUGCUGAGCAGUCAAUGCCAACACGGCAUGGCAACCUUCCCCCACCGCGAGCCCCGUUUUGGACCGCCGAGCUGUCGGCCAUGAAGGGCCAAGUGGCUCGGCUUGGCCGGCGGAUUGGCGCUCUGAGGAGGCGGAAUCAGAUCAUGGGCCACUCGGACCCGAUACUGGGGGAGUACGCGGACCUCAGGAGGCGCUAUGCCCAGUCCAUCUCUCGGGCAGCUAGGGAUAAUUUCAGGGAGUUUUGUCAGUCGCAAACAUUGGAAAAGGUAUGGACGGUGACGAACCCCGUCGUGCGCGCUGACGGAGCUCCCAGAAAACCACCUGCCACCCUGGCCACGCCGGACGGGCACACUGUUUCCGCGGAAGACUCUGCGGAAUUUCUCCUGCGGCACUUUUAUCCCGAGGACCCACCGGACCAGGACACCCCAUUUCAAGCAGCUCUUAGGGCGGACCGGGACACCCUGCCCAAUACCAGAGACGACCUCCCGUUCACCUUGGAGGAGAUUAUCGAAGCCUUAAGCUCAAUUUCACANCUCGCGCCCGGUCCGCGUCGGUCCGCACCCGGCCUAUCACCAAGUGCCGGUGAAACAUACAUAGACGACUGGGCGGUCCUCGCGCCCGGUCCGCGUCGGUCCGCGUCGGUCCGCGGCCGGUCCUCGCGCCCGGUCCGCGCCGGUCCUCGCGCCCGGUCCGCGUCGGUCCGCGGCCGGUCCUCACGCCCGGUCCGCGCCGGUCCGCGCCGGUCCUCGCGCCCGGUCCGCGCCGGUCCGCGUCGGUCCGCACCCGGCCUAUCACCAAGUGCCGGUGAAACCUACAUCGACGACCGUGUGGUCCUCGCGCCCGACCCUCGCGCCCGGUUAUCACCAAGUGCCGGUUGA